ACGCGACUCCCGCGCAGGUUUCACACGUGCAGCGCCCUUUGGCCGUCUUCUUCAUCUCCCAUCUCGACAGAAAGGCCCUUUCUGCAUCUUCACCGGUGCCAUUGAAUUGCUUAUCAACCACGCAUUGCCUCAAUUCCUCUUCGCCUUCGAAUACUCUCCGACAAGGCUUCAACGCUGCCCCGGCCACAGCACCCCUUGUCUCGCCGGUCUAGCUCCAGCUUCAUCCUCGCGAUCCGCAACUUAACCUCGGUGCUUCGGCGCGAUCCCUCGCACUCGCCCUCUUCUAGAUGACCCACUAACUGCUUCUACUCUUCUCUUAUAAUUCACAAUGCUGGCCUCUGUACGGCGCUGGGCCCGCAGGAACCAGACGCCCCUCGCCAUUGGCGUCGGUCUCGUCGGCGCUGGCUAUGUCGUCACUCAAUACGUCGUCUCCAAGAUUAACGAUGCUCGCGAGCGCAUGAGCAGCGAUCGCAUUGCCAAAGAAAACCUUCGUCGCCGCUUCGAACAGAACCAGGAAGAUUGCACCUUUACCGUCCUCGCCCUCUUGCCCACCGCUACUACAAACAUCCUCGCUACACUCAACACCGAAGACAUCACAUAUGAGAUCCAGCAGGCCAAGGCCACCAAAGCUCCUAGAGCGGCCGGCGCCGAAGCCAUUCCGCCUCCAAGCAUCGCUGACACCACCCUCACCGAGGACGAUGGCAAGAGCAUGGGCAGCCUCCAAAGCGACAGCGGUGUCCACGCCAGCCAAAUUGCUCUGUCUGCAAGUACUGAGAGUGCUCAGCCAGAGGCGCCUCCUACGUCUGCACCUCGCCGCAGCAAGAGGCAGCUUUGGGACGAUCUCAUCAUCAGCUCUGUCACAAGAGCCUUCACUCUCAUUUACACCCUAGCCCUUCUUACUAUGCUCACCCGUGUCCAGUUGAACCUUCUCGGUCGCCGCAGCUACCUCUCCAGCGUUGUCGCUCUCGCCACCGGGUCGCAGCAAGCUACCAUCAGCCUCGAAAACAAUGACGACGACAACACUGAGCAGGCCUAUGGCAACGAUUUCGAUACCAACCGCAAGUACCUUACCUUUAGCUGGUGGCUGCUGAACAAGGGUUGGGUGGAUAUUAUGCACCGUGUCGAACAAGCUGUGCGAACAGUCUUUGGCACCUUGAAUCCGCGCGACCUUCUCAGCUUUGAUAGAUUUGCAGAGUUGACUGUUGAGGUGCGCAAAUUGGUCGAAGGCGCAACUCCCGAGGAGCGCCAAAAGGCCAAUUGGUUGAAAUAUCUGCUACCUCCCCAAGACCAGGAAGGCGAGGUUAUUAGCCAGUCAGGCAUUCUUGAGGACAACUUUGAAACAGUCGAAGCACCUACAUCGUCGGCUGCCUUGAGACGUCUUUUGGAUGAAACUGCGGAUUUGAUCGAAUCCCCAGCUUUCACGCACGUCCUCAGCCUGCUCUUGGAUGCUGGCUUCUCCUCACUUGUUGACAAGAAGCUUGGCUCCGAAGCAUUUGAGCUACCAACUGAGGCAACUGGCUUUGUCCCUGCCGCCCCCUUUGAAGCCAAGCACACCAAGGUGGUGUUGCUGCCCAAGAUCUUGUCUGUUUUGACACGACAGGCUCACGUUAUCGGCAACGGCGUCCCCAACGAGUAUCUGCAAGACAUGGAGGCCGUUCGGGACCUGGAGGCUUUUGCCGCUGUAGUGUAUUCUAGCAACUGGGAAAGUGAGGUCCACGGCGAUGGCAUGAUGGGAAGCGCCGUUCACGUCAAGCCAGAAGAUGCGGCUACACCUGCACCACCAGUGGGUGUCGCCAGGGACGAGAGCCUACCUCAGACUAAGACGCAAGGCUCUGAGAGCAUCGUCAUGGUUGAGAGCCAAAAGUCUGACUUUGAGAGCGCAUGGGAGAAGGCAGUGGAGUCUAAGUGAUGAGAGGGGCCAUGUAAAGGAUAUUAGGCGCAAGGAGAUGGGAGAUACAUUUUGGACGCAUAGAUCCUCUGGGCUAGAGGAUAUCUGUACAACGUUACAUAAUUACUCGCGUAUUUUGUUUACUUGCCAUCACUGCAUAUGAAACUAUACUUUUUGAUAAUUCUCAUGGCUCAUCUAUUAUAUAUGUACAUGUGAUGGGUGAUGUAUACGCUCGCAUGCCGGCUGCCCGCCCCAGCACUACAACAGCUCAGCGAGGAUGUAAAAGCGCCUAGCGCUGUCUUGAACUCGUAUCGUGAUUUCCUUUUGUGUUCCAAAAUAUUUCGUUUCCUUGGCACCCUUUUUACAUUAAGCCACGGAUAAAUUGGUCGAGCCCAAGCUCAAAGAGCUCGUUCUUGACACCGUCGCCGCCCCUGUGUUCGACAGGGGCCAGAGGAUUCUUGACGACUAUACGCAGCUACAGUUAGUGAUUUCCAGCUUUGAGAAAGCGAUCAGUUGUUAUCACACAUACCGUAUUCUACCCAAAGGUUGAUGUAUAUCUGAUGCAAGACGUUGCGCAUGCUCGGCGAAGCUGUAUCGGUAAUGAGGACAAAGCGCAGGUUGGCCGGCGUCUCGUAGAAGUGCAGCUUGUACUGCCCCGUGCGGUAGGAUAUAAAAGCAUCGUCGUCGCCGCCUAGCUUGCGGACCAUGUUGCGUAGCGAAAAGACAGUGCCGAAGAUGAGCUUUGCGUCGUCCGAGGUUGUCGAGACGGGCUGAGGCAUGGCGGCGGGCAUCCCGGAGCUAGACUCGGGGCGCGGCGCC